AUGGCUACGUUCUUAUUAUUAGUAACGGUCAUGGUCAUUCUUGCCGCCGCGGCCACAGUGAAUGGUUGUCCGCCAACGGACCGGACGGCCUUGCUUGCCUUCAAGGUGGCCCUAAACGAGCCCUACCUCGGCGUCUUCAACUCGUGGUCCGGCAACAACUGCUGCCUCAACUGGUACGGCGUUAGCUGCGAUGCCACUACCGGUCGCGUUUCUGACAUCAACCUCCGCGGUGAGUCGGAGGACCCGAUCUUCGAGAGGGCGGGUCGCUCCGGCUACAUGACCGGGAAAAUCUCGCCGGAGAUUUGUAAGAUUGACAGCCUUAUGAGCCUUGUCGUCGCCGACUGGAAGGCCAUUGCCGGCGAGAUCCCCUCCUGUGUCACCUCCCUCUCCUCCCUCCGCAUCCUUGACUUCAUUGGGAACCGAAUCUCUGGCAAGAUUCCGGACGAAAUCGGUAAUUUGCAACGGCUCACCAUCCUGAACCUCGCCGACAAUGCCAUCUCCGGUGAGAUUCCGGCGUCGAUCGUCGACCUCGCUUCCCUCAAGCAUCUUGAUCUCAGCAACAAUGAAAUCAUCGGUGAGAUCCCCGUCGAUUUUGGGAAACUAAGCAUGUUGAGCCGCGCAUUGUUGAACCGGAACCAGCUCUCCGGUUCGAUUCCGGUUUCCAUAGCAAAAGUUUACAGGCUAGCAGACUUAGAUUUGUCCAUGAACCGGAUCUCCGGUUCGGUUCCAGCAGAUCUUGGGAGAAUGCGGGUUCUGUCUACCCUGAAUUUGGAUAGUAACUCUCUUUCGGGUCAAAUACCUUCGAGUUUGUUAAGCAACCCGGGGAUGGGUAUCCUGAAUCUAAGUCGCAACGGGUUUGAAGGUACUAUACCAGAUGUUUUUGGUUCAAAAUCGUAUUUCAUGGUUCUCGAUUUAUCAUAUAACGACUUGAAGGGAAGGGUACCUGGUUCGUUGUCAUCAGCCAAGUACAUCGGGCAUUUGGACCUUAGCCAUAAUCAUUUGUGUGGAUCCAUCCCAAACGGGUCACCCUUUGAUCACCUACAAGCAUCGUCGUUUAGUAACAACGAUUGUUUGUGUGGGAACCCAUUGAAGAUUUGUUAGUGAUGGAUGACUUGAGACUCGAAAUAAG